CCGAUGGGCGCCCGGGUGAGCCGCGCGCUCAACCGCUUCAACCUGGAGAACCGGGCCCACCGCGAGGUCGCCAGGGCCAAGCCCAAGCCGGCCCCGCGGCACCCCGCCGCCGCGCAGAGCGACCCUGACAAAUUCCAAGAAGAAAUUAAGAAGAAAGAUGAACAUCUUCAUACAUUAUUAAAAGAGAUUUAUGUUGAUUCCAGAGAUCCACCUGUGAUUGUAAAAAACAGUGGGGGAAGCCUCCCGUCCAAGACCGAGGAGCGCCGCCUUGCAAAAACAGGCCGCCUUGGUCACCUAGAUGUUCAGAGUAUUCCCAAAGGCAAGAUCUCAAUAAUUGAGGCCUUGACCUUUCUCAGUAAUCAUCAUCGUUCUCCAAAUGAAUGGACUGCAGAGACAAUCGCAAAUGAAUACAGCCUAGAACUGAAGGAUGUGACUGCUCUCUUAACGUACUUCAUCCCUUUUUCUGUGGAAAUCUUUCCUCCUCAAGACAAAAAAGCCUUACCACCUAGUUAAAAAUGUCUGCCAAAUCUUGCUGGAUGUGCAAACUGCUCUUUAUCUUAUUCCCCUUUCUCCGUCCUAAAAACUGAAAAUAUGUCUUAUUUAAGUGGUGUCCGCAGUCUC